AUGGAGGAGAGUAUUCUUCUCGGCGAUGACUUGCCCCUUCCACCGGCUCGUCUUUAUGAACGAUUAGGCCAGUUGCCUGGCUAUACUUGGGAUCAGUCAACCGAGCCAUUUCACUCUACUUAUAAUCACUGGCAUAUUCAUGGGUAUCGACAUGGAAUCGAAUUAGAUCUGUCAACACCUGUCGCAGCCUCAUACGGCCAUCACUCGUCCGGUCCGUCAAGCAUCACCCGAACUUCGCCCCGCGCAGAACUACGUCCGGCAACUCGUACACAGAACCGAAGACCUAGUGAUACAAGUAGCGAACUUUCAUUCUCUAGACCCGACCAGGAACAGGAACAGGUUUGGGUCCCAGUUGUUGCCCGAGUCUCAACUCAUGUUGUUAGACUGGAACGUGAAUUUCAUAUGCUUCGGUCGAUCGUGCAAUCCUCAGAUCCAGACUGCAAUUACACUGUGCGACCGAUUGAUUUAGUGCGACUUCCUCCCGAUCCCGGAGAUGUGGGAACCCUCUUAGUGGCCAUCUUCGAAUCACCUGGCCAUGAUAAGCUGCGAGAUUUAGUUACAUUUGGCCCGGCGUCAUUCGUGGCUGGAGCCAAGGGCGAUAACAACAUGACUCCAAACGAGCAGGUUGCACUAUCAGAGUUUUUGGACUUUGCAAUUGGCGCCUGUGACUGUCUAGAAAUCAUGCAUUAUGGUAUGAAAACAGUGCACGGAGAGAUUCGUGGAGACGCAUUUCACUUCUCCGAAAAUGGGACAGUCAAACUCUCCAAUAUUGGUAAUGGCGCGAGGUCUUUUGACAAUGUCUUGAGCGAAGGCUGGUCUUCAGUUUCCCGAGAACUCGGCGCUAAGUAUAAGCUGCAAUUUAUUGCACCCGAGCAGACUGGAAGAAUGCCGACCGAACCAGAUAGUCGCACAGAUAUCUAUGCUCUGGGACUUUUCUUCUGGUCUAUGUUGGUUGGAAGGUUGCCCUUUGCGGGAGCUGAUCCCGUUGAAGUUGUUCAGAAUGUUCUCAGCAAGAAACUACCACCUAUCACGUCAAAAAGAUUGGAUGUCCCGGAUGCCCUCUCUGCCGUGGUUCAUAAAAUGACGCAAAAGGUCGUCCAUGACCGUUACCACACAAUUUCUUCCGUUAAGAGAGACUUGACACAAAUAGCCCAACUGCUGGGUGACGGUGACAUUGAAUCCCUUAACAAUUUCCAAGUUGCGAAACGAGAUGUGUCUUCAUUUUUCACCCUCCCCUCUCAAAUGUUUGGCCGGCAAGAUGAGUAUGAUGUAAUCAUGAACGUGGUUGAAAAAGUGAAGAAACGACAUACGGCAGUCUCUGCACGAUCUUUAUCUCAUAGCCCCAGCACAGCGCAUGCUCUAGCUUCUUCAUCAUCCAUCUCGGAUGGACGUGUGGACAGUUUUGAGCUUGCUUCUGCUUCCAGUGACUCAGGAUCCUUCCAACUCCCACCCAGGACAAAUUCAAAUGCCGCCAACUAUCACCUCUCACACGUCAGCACUCAAGAUUCAAUAGCGAGUAGCGACACUUCAAGAAGUCAGGGAAUGCCGACCCCAACGUCGGUACCGAUCGCUAGCAGAGUAAAAAGCCCUUCAAAUUCUCGAGGAUCCACAAAUAUCGACCCUUCCAACCCUAGUCAACCGUCAUCAUAUCCUUUUGUCCAGUCAGAAACGUUGAGCUCUCUUGGUAAACACAAGACCGGAGCAAAGUCUCGCCGUAACGGUCGUUGCGAGGUAAUUACGAUCAGCGGUGCUGCUGGUAUAGGAAAGACAGAUCUUCUAAACCGAGUACAACCUGUCAUUCGGAAAGCUGGAUAUAUAGCAAUUACGCGCCUUGAUCGCGCCAAGCGGGUUCCAUUUGAGCCUUUUGCGAAGAUUGUAGCUAGUCUCCUACGCCAAAUAUUUUCCGAACGUGAUGUCAACACGGACUAUCACAACAGUAUUCGAGUCGCGCUGCGAUCAAUGUGGCCCACGCUGCACAAGGUGCUGGACCUCCCUGAACAAUUGAUGGCGCCGGGUGCAAAAUACAAACCGUCCUCACCUAGGCCUUCAGUUGCUCAGCACAUACUGAAGCAAGACGUUCCUGAUUUUGAUCGUGGUAAGCGCCUUCGCAUUCCCUGGAUGGACAAAGGUCAGUCGUCUGCCGAUUUCUUCCUUUCAAACGCAGCCUCAAAUAACAUGCGCUUGAUGGAUAUUUUCGUUGAGAUUUUGAGAACUUUAUGCCAGCUCAAGUUGAUUACUGUGUGCUUGGACGACCUUGAAUUCGCAGAUGAUGAGACUUUAGAGCUGGUUUUAAACAUCAUCCGAGCGAAAUUGCCAUGCGUGCUCAUACUCACAAGUCGCAAGGAAGAGAUCCCCUCUGAGAACAUAAAGACACUGUUUGAAUUGAAUCAUUCCAACAUUACUCGCAUCGAGCUUGCACCACUGAAUGAAGAUGAUAUCGUGAAAUUUGUGGCUGCGGCAAUGCAUCAGGAGCAAAAUACUACAUUGACUCCACUCGCUGCUGUCAUCCAGGAAAAGAGUCAUGGUAAUCCCUUCUAUGUGCGGGUGAUGCUAGAAACCUGUUACCGCAAGAACUGUAUCUGGUAUUCAUGGAAGGAUUCAAAGUGGCUGUUCGAUCUCGAUCGGAUUUUUACUGAGUUUGUGGCUCCUGUAUAUGGUGAGGGCUUGGGUCUUGGCUUCCUUACCAAGCGUCUACAGGAAAUACCAGCGGCUGCGCGAUCAAUCCUUGUUUGGGGCGCUCUUCUAGGAAGCCCAUUCUCGUUCUCCUUGGUUCAAAAGCUUUUGACAAGUGAAUUCCUCUUUUCAAUGGAUGACGAUGACAUGGACUUCGAUCUCAAGUCCCCGAAAAAUGUCACAUUGAUCAGGCUAUCAGACGAAGAGAUUGUUGUUGGGUUACAGCAUUUGGUUCAGGCAAACCUCUUGGUUCCUGGGAAGACUGAUGAUGAAUUCAAGUUUGGAAAUGAUCGGCUCGCGUCAGCUGCCAUGUGUUUGAGCGAGAGCCAAAAUAUAGAGAAGAUGCAUUACGUUCUUUCACAGGUCCUGAUGAAAUACUAUCAUGACCACCGAAGUCGCUAUUCGAUGGCCCAACAUGUUGCCCUCGCUUCUCGCACAAUUAAGACCCAUGUUCUUCGAAGAGUCGAUUACCGAAGAAUCUUAUGGGAUGCGGGACAGACUGCUGCUCAGUCCGGUGCCCGGCCUACAGCUCUGUGGUACUUCCGCCACUGCAUUGCACUGCUCCAAGACAACCCUUGGGAUGACUACCAAGAGGAUGUCUAUCACGAUGAAACCAUGCGCAUUUUCAUUGCCUCCGCCGAAAUGUCUUGGUCGCAAGGUCAAAAUGAUGAUGCUCUUGAGUUGAUCGAGGCUGUUUUCACUCAUGGCAAAGAUGCGGUCUCCAAAUCAAAGGCCUGGAUCAUCAAAGCUAAAAUAUUUGCCCAAAUGGGUGACCAUCAUCGAUCAAUGGAGGCGCUACUCACUUGUCUUGACGAGCUUGGUGUUCAUCUUCGUGUUCCUACUUCUUUUGAACAAUGCGAUACCGCGUAUCUCAAGUUGAAAGUAUAUCUCGAGUCGACGGACUUGGAAGCUAUUGCUCAUCAGCCUAUCAGCAAGGAUCCCAAUCUAAUCACCAUCGGUGCUGUUAUGGCCGAGGCGAUGUCUGUCACUUAUUGGGACGAUGCACUGACAUUUUAUCGAAUGGCAAUUGAGAUGAUGCACAUUCAUAUCUUCAGGGGCGGGUUCACCCAAAUCUCAAUAGGCUGCUCCCACCUUGCCAUGAUAUCAUUGAGUCGCUUCAAGGACCUUGAAUAUGGCGCAAAGCUGAGCGACUUCUCUCUCGCCCUACUAGAGCGCUGCUCGGAGCUGUGGACUCAGAGUAGAGGGUCCAUUGUUCACAGCCUUUACGUUAGCCACCUCCGCCUUCCUAUUGCUACGACGUUACCUACCCUAGAUGCCUCACUUGAGCUUUCUUUCAUCAUGGGUGACCCCUAUAUUACGCUGAUCGGCAUCUCAUCUAUGGCCAUGACUAGGCUUUACCUGGGUCACGACUUGGCUCAGAUAGAAUCAUUUUGUGCGGAAACUCCUGAUGAUAUCCCAAACUGGCUACAUGAUACUCGUGGGGGUGCCAGCCUACUGGCAGUGCGGCAGGUUGCACGAGCUCUCCAAGGCAAAACAGAAAUUCGAUCAGCCGAAAAUGUCAUGUCUGAUGAAGAACACAGGACAAGCUCCUAUCUGGCCUACUUGGACGCCAAUGCCAGUAAUGUCGACAGGCCUCGCGAUAUUUACUACGGCCUCGCCAUGAUUCCUUUGACACUGUUUGGCCACCAUUGCAAAGCGAUUGAGGUUGGCACAUAUAUACUUGAGACGGCGCCCAGGCUCUGGUCUGUUCGUGUGAAGUACGUCAUCUACUUCUACUUAUCAAUCUCUAUCCUCACUCUGCACAGUGACUAUCCUGAUCGAGGUCACUUGGAGGGGAAAAUGAAGAUGAUUCUCCAGUAUAAGUCCGAAAUCGAUUUUGCUCGAAGGUGCUCUGAUGCAAACUACGGCAUGUGGUCCUUGCUACUCGAAGCCCUUAUCGCUGAAGCUCGAAAUGACCAUGGCACCGCAACGCAGGCAUUUGAGGCUGCUCUUGACCAUUGUCAGCUUCAUGGAUGGCCUCUAGAAGAGGCGCUGGCGCUCGAGUUGCAAGCCGAGUUUCUGAUCAGACGUGGGGCGAAACGGGCAGCACGUUCUAUGAUGCAGGACGCCAUUACUGCAUGGAGUUCCAUUAGCGCAUCUGGAAAAGCGGCAAUGCUUCAAGAGAAACACGAAUGGUUAAUCAAAACAGCGAUAUCAUCCAAAAUGGUCGACACUGGAUGCCAAACUACUGACUCACUGCUUGAGAUCAGUCAUGAUGUUGCCGCGCAAGAGGAAAUUGCUCUUCCUUCACAACUCGAGGACGAGAGAAGACAGCGAUGGAUCGAACAGAAUGGCGUCACAGCAGGCGAAAGGUCCAUGGAUAUUUCAGGUGUUGGUCUAGAUAUCAUUGACCUAUCUAGUAUUCUUGAGUCUAGUCAGGUCAUGUCCUCUGAGCUUCAAAUUGACAACCUCUUCACGAAGAUGCUCGAAAUCAUCCUAGAGUCAUGCAAUGGUUCUGACUUUGCAGUCAUCGCCACUCACUUUGACGAGCAAGGGUUUGCAAUUGCAGCGGCGGCGGAUGCUGAUAAGGGCCAGAUGUCGUAUGCGGAAGGUCUUCCAUUCGCGGAGUUUGACAGCCGAAUGGCCCAAGAGAUUUCACACUAUGUCAUGCGUACAAAGGAAGAGGUCCUCGUUCAUAACGUGCUUGAAGAUGAGCGGUUCUCCAACGUGAGCGAGGCCUACCAGGAAAGUUUUCCGCUGGGCCGGUCUGUCAUCGCGCUGCCCAUCGUCCAGGCCAAUAAUCUUCUUGGAGUCAUCCACUUGGAAGGAAAGCCGAACUGGUUCACGCAGCGCAAUGUUGUAGUACUGCACUUGCUUUGCAACCAGGUCGGAAUUUCUCUCUCGAAUGCCUUGCUGUUCCGUGAGAUCCGCAAGGUCAGCGCCAAGAAUGCUUCAAUGAUCGAAACGCAGAAGCGAGCUUUGGCACAAGCACGAGAAUCAGAGCAAAAGGCGAAGGUGGCAGAGGCGGAGGCCAAACACAACGUGAAACUCAAAGAAGAUGCUGCACGUGCCAAAUCCAUCUUCCUUGCAAACAUUUCUCAUGACCUUCGCACACCAAUGAACGGAGUGAUUGGUCUCUCGGAGCUAUUGAAAGGCACCAGGCUGGACAAGGAGCAAGAUGAAUAUGUCGAGUCCAUCCGUGUCUGUGCUGACACACUGCUCACACUUAUCAAUGACAUUCUUGAUUUCUCCAAGCUGGAGGCUGGCAAAAUGAAAAUGUCUAUAGUGCCGCUUAAUCUGAAAGAGACAAUAUCAGAGGUCACCCGCGCUCUCCGAUACACCCACCGAGAGAGAGGUUUGGACACAAUUGAGGAUCUGGAACGUGUCCCUCCAGAGCUAGUCGUUCUUGGCGAUCCUGUUCGUUUGCACCAGAUUUUCAUGAACCUCCUCAGCAACAGCUACAAAUUCACACCUAAGGGGUCUGUCACAGUUAGGGCAAAGGUUGGACGCGAGGGUAAAGGGCGUGUUCGCCUGGAAUGCUCUGUAUCCGAUACUGGCAUUGGUAUUCCCGAAGAACAGAAAGCACGACUUUUCCGGCCUUUUUCCCAGGCUGAUCCAUCAACAGAAAGAUCAUAUGGCGGUAGUGGAUUGGGUCUUAGUAUCUGCAAGGCAAUCAUUGAAGAUGUCCUUGGCGGUGCUAUCUGGCUUGAGUCGACUGCCGGAGUUGGUACCACGGUGACAUUCCACCUGGUCUUCAACAAAGCGCCCAAAAAGACAGCUGUCAAGACCCCGUGGUCUCAGGACCUAAAGCACGCAGAGAGCAAGGCAGCUCCUCGAGCUACAGCUCGUGAUCUGACCCAGAUUCCCCGUGAUCAGAUCCGAGUGUGUAUAGCCGAAGACAAUCCAAUCAACCAGAAGAUCGCGGUCAAAUUUGUGACUGGUCUUGGUCUCCAGUGUGAGGCCUACAGCGAUGGACAAUUAGCGGUAGAUGCGUUGCGAGCAAAAUCUAAAGAGGGCAACCCAUUCCAUGUUGUCCUGAUGGACGUCAUGAUGCCCACACUCGACGGAUACAACGCAACGCGCGAGAUCCGUCGAGAUACAGAUCCAAAUGUCAACGAGGUACUGGUAAUCGCUAUGACUGCCAGUGCUAUUGAAGGCGAUCGGGAGAAAUGCCUCGAAGCCGGCAUGAACAACUAUCUCCCUAAGCCGGUACGAUCGCCAAUUUUGAGUGAGUUGCUGGACAAUUACCUCGCACCGGUACCAUCCCACCCACGAACGCGCAUGGCGAUCAGAGAGAAAGCAUCUAGAGGAAAUACUGCCCGCGAUACAGGUACGCCAACCAGCCUUUCUUCAAUAGGGUCAGACGAAGCAAAAUUUCCUCCAACCCCAAAGUCCGAGACAAAAUGA